UUGUGAGAGAGAGGAAGGAGAGAUCCAUUCCUUGCAUAUAUCAGCUUAUUGUGUUAGGGUUGAGAACCCAUAAGAAAAAUACUCAGUCUCUUGAGUUUCUCUUAACCACAACGUUAAUAGUCCUUUUCGUUAGCUUAUCUUAACUUUUCUGGGUUUCUUUCAUAGAUUUGAGUCAAGAGAAGAAGAGAGAAAGCUUAACAAGAUGUUAGAGCAGAUGACAGAAGAAUCGAUUUCAAAUGGUUUUGUCCAAAAUCCUAUAGCUGGAUCCAAUCCUCCACUUGCAAAGAAGAAGAGAAACCUACCAGGAACACCAGGCAAGUAUAUAUAUACCUUUUAUUCCUCAAAGCUUUAUUCUCUUAAAGCUUACCGUUUUCCUAUAUCUUUCUCUGAAAGAUUCAUAAUGAUCAUCAGAUGGGUAUAUUCAAAGUUGUUCAGGUUUAUAACUAAAUUACCGUGUGUUUUCCACAUGACAAUAUGGGUUUUAUCAGAUCCUGAAGCCGAAGUUAUUGCCUUGUCCCCAAAGACUCUGAUGGCAACCAACAGAUUUUUGUGUGAAAUAUGCGGUAAGGGUUUCCAAAGGGAUCAAAACCUUCAACUUCAUCGGCGAGGCCAUAACCUUCCGUGGAAGCUCAAGCAAAGGACCACAAAAGAAGCUAGAAAGCGCGUCUACGUCUGCCCUGAAAAGAGCUGCGUGCAUCACCAUCCUUCAAGGGCUCUCGGGGACCUAACUGGUAUAAAGAAACACUUUUGUCGGAAGCAUGGAGAGAAGAAGUGGAAGUGUGAGAAGUGCUCAAAGCGAUACGCUGUGCAGUCAGAUUGGAAAGCACACUCAAAAACCUGCGGCACCAGGGAGUACAAAUGCGACUGUGGUACUCUAUUUUCAAGGAGAGAUAGCUUCAUCACACAUAGGGCUUUCUGUGAUGCCUUGGCUGAGGAAACAGCUAGAGUAAAUGCAGCUUCCAACAUGCACAGCUUGGCCACUAGCAAUAUCAAUUAUCAUCUUAUGGGGAAUCCGCUAGGACCAGGCAUGGCGCAACAUUUUUCAUCCAUUUUCAAACCGAUUUCAAGCAAUGAUGAAACAUUAGAUCAAACUAGACGUGGACUUUCCUUAUGGAUGGGCCAAGCAUCUCAAGGCCAUGAUGCAAUUGGCAAAAGUCUCCAAGAGAUACAUCAAUUUGGUUCUGUGAAUUCGGGAUCUAUAUACAGUGAUCCUCUAGUUUCAACCUCGAAUGCUCCUGCAUCUGAUUAUCCGUUAAAUUGGGUGUUCGGAAAUAAGGUCUCAUCGUGUAACGCUGAAGAGAUAACUAGCACUUCACUUCCUUUGAACAAUGUCAAGGAAAAUGGACCUCAGCUUGUGAGUGUUCCUUCAUUAUUUAGCACCCAACACCACUCUCAUCAAACACCAUCCGCAAAUAUGUCCGCCACAGCUUUAUUGCAGAAAGCCGCCCAAAUUGGAGCAACUUCAACUGACACAUCAUUCCUAGGAAGCUUCGCAACGAAGUGCAGCAGCAGUCAAGUUCAAGAUGGAAACAAGUAUAGUGGUCUGUAUGGUUCAAACACACCAGCAACUACUCUAGGAAGUGAUUUAGAAAAUUCAGCAAAUGAUAUUUCCACUUUGAAUCAAUUGCAAAUGUACCCUGCAAAACGCCGACACACGCAGAAUGAAGAUAGUACUGGAGGACAAACAAGAGAUUUUUUGGGUGUUGGUGUACAAGCCAUCUGUCACCCAUCUUCAAUCAAUGGAUGGAUAUGACAUGGCAUGGGAAAUUUCAAGAGUCUGCAUAUUUUCUUGAUGGAAAGCUUGGAUGAUAAUAAAAGUGGAGUUGGAUGUGGAGUCAGAGAGAUGGAAAGGGAAAGGGAGUGACAGAGUUUAGUAUUUGGAGACUUUGCAGGGAAGAAAAGUGGCAUUGAGUGCUUGAUGGAGGCUAAAAGUUUGGUUGGAGAACUAUUGAAGGAUGAAGGAGGAGAUCCAUGCAUAUUCUCUUGAACCUUUGAAAGCUGAUCCCUUUAAAAAUUGUGGCUUUUAACUUUGAUAAAAGGGAAUGGAGUGGUGGGGGCAAAGCAAAAACCCCUUUUGAGCUCCAUUAUUGCGUUGUUUCAUCUCUAUUGUGGUUGUUGUCUUGUCACACUGGAUUUAAAAGAGUAUUUCCAGAUGCAUAAAAGCUUGAUAAUUCUAGUACGAACAGGCCUUGAGCUGUUUCUUAAAAUAAUCUAAUGUUUUCCCUUACCAAACCAUGCAUAUAUAUAUAUGUACUGUACCAUAACAAAAAGAUUAGCACUAUGACAUG